AUGAAACCCGUAUCGCGAGUGUCCGCAAGCGUUAGGGGAAGGAAGGGCCCAUUAUCAUCGAAUGUUGAAGCUCGCUUUAGUCCACGAACAAAUAUUGCUCUUUCUUCUCUUCCUAUAAGUGAACUAAUUGAUUUUCACAAAAAUCGUGAGCGUAAACACAUGAAAUAUGCUAUCGGUAUUUUUGCUAUUCUCGGCUUAAUUGGUCUGGUAUUAUUAAUCGUAUCAUUCGCUCUACCAAAAUCCAACGGUGACAUUGACCAGCGUUCAUCGAAGCGCAUUGUCUUCCUCAUCAUCGGCUCAACUCUACUUGGCAUGGGUCUUUUCAUGGCGCUUGUUGCUGGCGGUUGUAUCUUUUAUAAAUUGAAACAACAAUUCAAUGAUUUGAACGAAAUUGAAGGCGGACAAGAACCGAUUAUUUGGCGGUUGGAUGGUGAAGAAUGGGUACGCUAUUUAAACUAUAUGCAUGGCCCCAAUCGACGAUGGACAGAAAUGGCUCCGCUAUCAUGUUUCUGUUGUCGACGUUCAGCCUACGAUCGACUGAUGGAUCGUCAAUAUGGUCAUAUUGUUUUCUAUGGAAAGGGUUUGAUAAUUGAUGAAUUGUAUUUCAUUUCAUUUCGAACAUACUUGCUGCAAGGCGUACAAUUACUGGUAGCCGAUCAACAACAACAGAGAUUAGGUCUAAGAAUACAUACCUUUUUACAAGCUGGAAAGAACAGUCGAAAUUGUUAUUUUGAUGUAUUUUCACCAUCAUCAGUGACAUUGGAACAGUUGCAAGCAAUAAUACAGUCAUACAAUCAAAGAAUAUCUGGACCAGAUGGAUUACAUACAGUUAUUGAAGGACUUCAUGUUGCUGCAUCUAUUGUUAGUUUACUAAGCUAA